GGGAUGUUUAGCAGCCCAAAUGUCAUUGUCAGUCAGGUCAGCCGGUACUUGUCCUGUCAAAAAGUCAUAAUAACAAUUAAAAUUAUUAAAUAUCUUUCAAUAUUUUGCUUGUGAUCGAAAAUAAUUGAAGCCAAAUGUGAAUAAUUACGUAGCGAAUAUGCCAGUGUGUAGUUUAUUAGGGUGCGGCAUAAGAAAAACACCAAAUCAGCGAUCUUUAACCUUACACAGGUUACCAAGAAAUGAAUGUAAAAAGAAAAAGUGGCUGGAAGCUAUAGGAGUGGAAAAUAUAAGGCCAAAUGUAAAGGAUAUUUUCAUUUGUUCGGUACAUUUUGAUGAAAAAUGUUUCAACAAAACUUUGGAUGUGACUCGACUACGAGAUGAUGCUGUGCCCUUCAAAUUUACUGGCCCUGCAUUGGAUCCUGCUUCUGCUCCUGUUUCUGGAACUUCAGGAGUUGCAACAUCAGCACUCCCCCUGACGACGGCUACCGUUUAUACUGCCAUUACUGCCCCUUAUUUUGUUUCUGUUCCUGGUACCUCAGGAGUGGAUAAUCUACCGGACCAAGCACAAAAAAUAAAAAAACUGGAAGAUAAAUGUGAUUUCUACAGGAAGAAAGUAAAAUACUUAAAUGAAAUAGUGCGGCGGCAAAGGAAAAAAAUUGCAGAGUUCCAGAAUAUUAUAAAAGACCUACAGGAAAGGAAUCUAGCCGACAACGAGAACUCUAUAGUUUUAGAAGCCUGCGCGGGUCCCAAAGUAAUUUUAAAGAGGCAAAUUUUGAAAAGUGUUAGUGGAGUACAUAGUCGCAGGAAGGUUUUCGUAGUGACGCACACAAAUUAA